UGGGGGUGAGGGGAGGCUCCGGGGCAGCCGCCCCAGGAAGCGCUGAGAGCUGCAGCACACACGCACAGCAGGGACCAGCAGGGACCAGCCAGAAGCCAGCCCCAGCCCAUGGCCAUGGCGGAAGCUCCCAGCCACCCUGGCUCCGAGGAGCUGCUGGUGGAGGAAGGCACAGGGCUCGCCACUCAGUGGAGCGUGGAAGGAGAGGAGGGUGCCGCCCGGGGGCAGCGCGAGCAGGAGAGGGCCUGGCAGCUUCGGGCCCAGGAUGAGGGCGAAGGAGGCCAGUCCCUGGAGCAGCUAGAGCAGGAGAAGCUCCUCAGCCCGAAGCCCUCGGAGGGCCCUGAACUGGACGAGGACGAGGGUUUCGGCGACUGGUCCCAGAAGCCGGAGGAGCGGCGGCAGCACCGCGGGGCUGGGGAGACCGUGGACGGUGGGGCCCCCCCUCAGGGCGAGAGUCCGGAGGGGGGGCAGGAGGAGGACAGGCCCCGCCAGCACGCCUUUGGGAGCCAGGGUGGCGACGAGCUGACCCCAGCCGGGGUCUGUCUGGAGGAGCUGCGUCUGAGCCCCGACUCAGAGCCCCAGGAGGGGCCGGGAACAGAGGACACAGAGCCCAACGGCCCCGAGGGAGCCGUCCAGGGAAGCCCAGGGCUGGCAGAGACCGAGGAGGAAGAGGAUGAGCAGCACCAGAGAUGCCAGCAGCGCAGGACGCCCAGCCCCUUGGUCUUGGAGGGGACGGACCCGGGCUCGCCUCCCCUGAGCCCCAGCACCAAACUCAGCGACAGAACUGAGUCCCUGCACCGCUCCAUUCAGAAGAGUAACAGCAUGAAGAAGUCCCAGCCAGCCCUGCCCAUCUCCACGAUUGAAGAGAGGCUGGAGCAGUACACGCAGGCCAUCGAGACCUCUGGCCGGACCCCAAAGCUAGCCCGCCAGCCGUCCAUCGAGCUGCCCAGCAUGGCCGUGGCGAGCACCAAGAGUCGCUGGGAGACGGGAGAGGUGCAGGCUCAGUCCUCCGCCAAGUCCCCCACCUGUAAGGAUAUUGUCGCUGGAGACCUGAGCAAGAGGAACCUCUGGGAGCAGAAGGGAGGCCCCAAGGCUUCGCCGAUGCUCAAGAGCACCCCGUCUGCGAAGAGGUACAAGUUUGUGGCCACUGGACACGGGAAGUACGAGAAAGUGCUCGUGGACGAGGGCUCGGCGCCCUAGGCCAUCCUUCUCGCUUUCCCAAGACUGCAGCACCGCCGGCGGCACCUCCUGGCUCCUGACCCACGUGCCCAGGGGAGAGGCCGGCCAGAUGAACGCCCCCCCGCCCCCCACUGGCCCCGCCGAAGAAGCUGCUUCUCAUGGUCUGCCUGGCCCGCGAGCAUCCCCGACAUCCGUCACCUCUUGCUCCUGGACCCUCCAACCUUUCCCUCUGACCCCCAGCUCUGCCCCUCACAGUUCCGGGAGGAAAGGAACUCUGGCUGUUGGUUGGCAAAAGGACCACCUCCAGAGAAGCUGCGAGCUCCCAGGGAAGGCGCAGCCGGUGCAGAGAGAGGCCACGUGCUGGGGCCUCCGUGUCCAAAGCCACCAACACCCACAACAGCACUGGGCCCCCCCGCCCCGCCCCGCUUGCAGCCCUCCACUUUGUGCAGUAAACUCCCUUUGGUGUCUCCA